CUGCCUUACCUUACAUUAGCAUGUACAGCAAAUGAAUUCCUAAACCUGACGUUAGUAAGCAAGCAUUUGGUGUGUGCAUACACACUUAUAUUGCAGUAUGCAUUAUGCCUUUUAACGCGACGUCCACUAAUUUCCGUCUGCAUUAUCACCAAGUAUCAACAACCCGUUAUCGAAUCCCCUCCUCACUAUCGGCUCUCCACAAAGUAUCAUCAUCAAUCUCAGCAUCGCUCAUCGUUGGCGCUUCUUCAGAGUCGGCUCGUUGCGUGCGUCGCGAGCAGUCAAUGCGUCGCGUUGCUUCUUUGGCCCUGUUGGCUAUCAUCACUCCCGCCCUCUGCGAACAUGUCCUCGCCUCAUACAUCUAUCACACCCCUUGCGAAAGCGUCCCGGAGCUCAUUGGUACACCUGCAUUGACGUUCGCUGGCAGGAUGGACUGUAGAGACUCGGCUGAGUUCUACAGAGACCGAUACAUGACACCACGCUCACCAUACUACAUCCAGGCUCUCGACAAGUCGCCGCCGAUGCUGUCGUUUGGGGCGCCCGACGAUGAAAUUAUGGCAGGCUCAUUGAGUAUAUUCAAGAACGCGUUGUUGGCCAAGCUCAAUAACGCCAAGUGGACCGACAAUAAUACAUUGAAUCAAAGCUUCCCUGUCAUCGAUACUCAGUUGUAGAGCAAUGAAACGCGCGCAAACGUCUCUGGAGACACCGGCUGGCUACAAGCUGGGGAGCAGUGUCACGCUGCAUAUCACACAUCAAACAAGCCGGAGCAGAGAGCACGGGACACGUGGCUGGAGGAAUUGACGUGGAAUCAGGUCAUGCAAGAAAAGCUUUCCUACACAAUG